AUGUGCAGCUCAGGCAGGGCACUUGUGGACUCAUUACCCCGUGUUGAGGGGCCGCAGCCCAGGGAGGAUAAAAAUGUGGUGACCCAAAAGACUGUGACCUGUAAAGCUGACAUAAUCUGGCGGCUUUGUGGAGGCAGUAAGGACCUCUCAUGGCAGCGCGACACUCUCCUUCCACCUCCGCCCAGAGCAGACGCCAUUCUGGAGGCGGCGGACAGAGAUCCAUUCUACUGCAGCAGCCACAGGGAGGGCUUUAGGGAAGAGAAGAUGCAGAUACAACAGCUUGUAACUGCAACAGAGUGGAACGAGGAGCAGCGGCCGCCAUGA